UAUACUGACAUGUGCUUUUGUUCUAUUUCAUGUCGGAAAUAAUGAAUGCUAUUUGAAAAGAAUUAGUUUUGGAAGUCAUUUUAUUGUUAAAUUAAUUUGAAAACACUCAUGCAUAACCUAUUCUAUUUUUACCUUCUUUUCACAAAUAAAACUUAAGAAGAUAUGGCAGAAACAGUUUUUCGUCCUAAUGUACCUCCAGGGCACAUAUAUGUAAAUGAUAAAUGGACAAAUAACGAAUUAUAUACGUUUCUCAAUCGCAGAGUUCAAACAAUAACGAAUGAUUCUAUGGAUUUUGUUGAUUUUUAUCCUUCGACUGAAUUUGCUGUCAUAUAUGUAACAGAAGCCGACUUAGUAGCAGGGACUAAUUAUCGGAGGAAUCUAGCUAAAUUAAAAAAGGCAAAUUAUGAAAGAACUGCUGUUAUAGUUGAAAAGACAACUAUUAGUAGUCAGUAUUUUAGUAGUUUUCAGAAAUUUGCUGUUCUUGAACUUGGCUUAGGAAUCAUUCCUGUGUCUGGAUCUGAGGAAUGCUGUCAAGCACUUGUAGCUAUGGUUCGUAUGGGUUGUGAGGAUAAAUCUAACCCGUUUAUGUUAAGAGGCCGUGUUCCGCCCCUAGAAACUUAUCUUCUGAAGACUCUUCUUACUGUUCCUUCAUUGGGUGAAACAAAAGCUCAAGCAUUGUUAUUAAAGUUUAAGAGCUUAAUCAAUAUUUGUAAUGCCAGUUUGGAGGAUCUAACGAAAAUUAUUGGUGCAAACAGUGCUCAGCAAGUUUAUAAUUUUUUUCAUACAUGUUAAUUUUUCCUGUUCAUGUAUUUAUUUUACAUACAUAAAGAAAGUAUUUAUUUUUCAUA